GGCAGCCUGCCACGUGCCCAGCGCUUGAACCAUUCCCACUCAAUAUGCCUCAACGACAGCCGUACCAAGGACAGCAGCGAAAACUCGCGAUCGCUUUCGACAUCGGCACCACUCAUAGUGGCGUUUCAUACUGUGUAUUGUGCCCUGGAGAGGUGCCCGCCAUACAGGGAGUCAAUCGCUAUCCAGCCCAGGACUAUGUUAGGGGAGACUCCAAGAUUCCCUCAAUCUUGUACUAUGGCGACGAAGGGAAGGUUCGCGCGAUAGGAGCUGAAGCCCUACAAGAGAGCGUCUUGGAGAACGCAGAGGACGAGGACUGGCAGAUGGCAGAAUGGUGGAUGCUCCAUCUCCGCCCAAAAAACACACUGUCUCAAGUCACCGACGCGGAUCUCCCUCCGCUACCUUUCGGCAAGACAGCUAUCGAGAUCCUCGGCGACUUCAUGAGGUAUCUAUUCGAGUGCACUAGGAACUACAUCAAGCAGACGCACGCCAACGGCCCAGACCUGUGGGCCUCGCUUGAAGACAAAAUCGACUUCGUGCUGAGCCAUCCCAGCGGAUGGGAGGGUCCGCAGCAGGCGCAGAUACGAAAAGCGGCUGUGCUCGCUGGGUUGGUGGGUGAUAGACCGAAGGAUCAGAGUCGGAUUCAGCUGGUGACUGAAGGAGUAGCGAAUUUACACUAUUGUCUCAACUCGAACCUCGCAACCAGCGCAUUUCACGAUAACCAAGGGGUCAUUAUCGUUGAAGCGGGAGAAAGAACAGUCAAACUGAAUGCAUACUACAUGACGAGCAACCUCACCUCCUUUGAGGAGAUUACCCCUGGAGACUGUCGCCUCCAAGGAUCCAUCUUUGUCACGCGCCGUGCUGAAUCAUUCCUACGAAUAAAGCUACAAGGGUCGAAGUUCGGCGACGAAUCUGACGUCAAAGAAAUGACCAAGAUUUUUGAUCGCACGACCAAACUUCGGUUCAGCAAUCCCUCGGAGCCUGCCUACAUAAAGUUCGGCACGAUCAGGGACAAGGAUCAAGAUUUUGGCAUCCGGUCGGGGCAGCUGAAGCUCCCGGGCACUGACGUCGCGAAGCUGUUCGAGCCAUCAAUCGAAGCCGUAAUCAGAGCUGUCAACCACCAGCGCCAGGCCGCGCGCAAACCGAUCCAUAGCGUAUUCCUCAUCGGUAGCUUCGCAGCCAGCGAUUGGCUAUUCCUCAACCUGAAAGAGAGCCUUACACCACACGGACUCGAUUUCUGCAGACCGGAUAGCCACACGGGCAAGGCCGUCGCGGACGGCGCGGUCGCGUUCUAUCUCGACCACAGUGUCUCGACUCGUACGGCGUGCUUCACGUACGGCACGAUGUCUGCAGUGGAAUACAACAAAAGCGACCCGGAGCACAUUAAACGUGUAGAAACGAUCAUACCGAGGCCAUCGGGGCGGUCAGUCCUCCCGAACGUGUUCAGCCCAGUCCUAGUUAAGGACACGAAAGUCUCGGGGGACAAAGAGUUCCGUAAAGAGUUCAUUACCGAGAGCACAACGAAGUUGACCUUCGACAAGAUCUCAAUCGAAAUCAUCUGCUAUAAAGGCGAUGAUCCCGCUCCACGCUGGAUCGACUCUGAGCCCGAGAAAUACUGGAACCUUUGCACUGUGAAUGCUGACACGUCGCAGGUCGCCAAGACCAUCACCCUUCAAAAGGAUAUCAACGGGCGGCAAUUCUACCGGCAGGAGUUUAGCUUGGUGCUCAUCUUCGGAAUUAAAGAGCUUCGUUCCCAGCUCAGUUGGACUGAAUACGGAGUUGAACAGAGGAGUCCAGCCUCGGUGGUAUAUGACCAUGUCAUAGAAGAGCGGCCAUCGCAGUGACGAAUAUCGUUGGUAAUCAUCCUCGCGUUUCUUCUUGUAUCUUUGCACAUAUCAGUGUUAGCAGGAGGGGUCCCGCUUGAUACAUACUGAGCCCUCGAAACCCCAUGGCCAGUAAUAAUUAGCUGCAUGACAAAGUUGUGAGGGAAGUCAUGAAAGAAUAUGUAAAUUUAUGUCAGUCGCCAUUUACUCGCAAACGC